AAGAGCGGAAUUGAAACAGAACGGAAAUGUACGAAUGUUUAUUCGUUGGUAUUCUGCAUCAUCCUUGUAUCAGCUACGCUCCUCCUCGUCGGUUUCUGUGCCAUCACCGGCAACUUAUCUCGCGUGACUCGAGUUCAUAAUGAUUGUGGCAACUUCUGUGGUGAAAAAAAUACUGACAAUCCGUAUGAAACCUGUGGUCUUCGAGAUCUUCGCAAUUUCCCAAAGCUCCAAACUUUUCAAUACCCAAAUGCAACAAGACGAGAAUGUGUUGAUAAAUGUUUAGAUGGACACGUUGAGGACUUAAAUCGUUGUGUUAGACCAUUUGAAAGAAACCAUUUUGAUGACAAUGCUGGAAGCCUCGCCGAUGGAACUCUGAAAAUAUUCCUGAAAACUUGGCAUUCAAUUGCUGUGAUUUGCUUCGUGGCUUUCUGCUUCUCGUACGUCUGCCUGGUUCUCUUUAGAUAUGCAGCAAUUUAUGUCAUUUGGAUCAUCAACAUUGCUUGUGUGGUUUUUGUAGUAUUUUUGGCUUUAAUGUUCCUGUAUGUCAAGAAUGUAUUUGGUGCUGCUGUUAUGGCUAUUCUGGCAAUUGUGUUGAUGCUUCUUCUCUUUUGGUUCCGUAAAAGAAUUCAAUUGGUUGCGAAAUUGUUUAAGGAAGCUUCGAAAGCUUUGAUGGACGUACCAGCUGUCAUGUUUGAGCCAAUAUUGACUCUCCUAUCCCUCCUUGUAUCCUUCGUAAUCUUCAUAGCUUUAGCAAUAGUUGCAGGAUCCUCGAAAAAGUUUGAGCGAUAUCAACUAGCUGAACAUCAUGUUGUCAUUAUCUACAAAGAAACUCCAAUUAAUGAUAUUGCAUUCUACCUUAACUUAUUCACUUUCAUUUGGUUCACUCAAUUCAUCAUUGGAUGUCAACAUUUUGUUAUUGCUGGAACAAUUAGUCGAUGGUAUUUCACAAGAGACAAGACAAAGAUUGAAGCUCCAAUUAAGCAGAGCUUCUGGCAUCUUAUGAGAUAUCAUUUGGGAAGUAUUUGCUUGGGAUCGAUGCUAAUUACGAUUGUGAAAGUGAUGAGAGCGUUAAUGGCAAUUGCUAAGCAACAAUCUAGAGAGUCAAAGAAUCCAGUUGGAUACUUCAUCGCUUGCUGUUUACAGUGUCUUUUAGACUUACUUGAAGAACUCCUUGGAUAUCUAGUUAGGAAUGCUUACAUCAUCGUGGCAAAAGAAGGAACUGGAUUCAUGGAGUCUGGGAAAAGAGCUUAUCAUCUGCUGAUUAGGAAUAUUGUGGAUGUGAUUGCAUUGAAUAACUUUGGAGACAUUGUUCUGGCUGUUUGUCGACUGCUGAUUGUUUUGAUUGCUGGAUUUGUUGGAUAUGAGAUUUUGGACACAAAUGAAACCAGGAAGAUUAUGUUCAUCCCAUUGCUAGUUGGAGUUAUUUUCGCAUUUCUUAUUGCUCAUUGCUUCGUCACAGUCUUUGAGAUGACAGUUGACACAAUCUUCAUCUGCUACUGUAUUGACGUUGAGGAAAAUGAUGGAGCUCAGAAUCCUUACUACAUGUCAGACAGUUUAAAGAAGAUCAUGACAGAAAUGACGAUAUUUGCUGGUGAGCAUAUGAGUGUUGAGAGGAAAGAUGACAUUCAGGUUGGACCAGGUAUGGCCGAUGGAAGUUGCAUACCUAUGUUGCCACAGCAUCAAGUACCACCAGUAGAUUCUCAAUUUGGAGGGCAGAAAGGACAAAAUUUGAAUUAUUAUAGUCCACCACCGUAUCCAGGUCAGCAAGUUUAUCAACAGCAGCCUUAUCCUCAAGAAGGGUAUCCAGGAGCUUCUAUGGAGUAUCCUGGUCAAGCUGUGAAUGUUACAGGGCAACCAAUGCCAUACCCAGGGCAACCGAUUCCAUACCCAGGACAACAGAUGCAAUAUCAAGGUCAACAACAACCUUAUCCUGGUCAAAACAUUCCAUAUGCAGAUCAACAUGCACUAUACCCACAAGAUACUUGGGAAACUGAGCAGUCUGAAAAGCAGCAGCAUCAACGCUAUCAACAACAACCUUAUCCUUCUAGUGCUUAUCCUCCUAUUAAUUAUAAUCAGCAAUAA